ACUGCGCCACCAAAAGGGCCAAAAUUAGUUUCUUUCCCUUUAAGAAGUUGCGCUGUCCAGCACAGCUGGGAUUUCUACACGGACAGAUAGCGCAAUGAAGAGCAGCGUCGACCCGUCAUCAUGUGCACCGGGCUUCCGAGGACUGCCUGUCCGCUGCGACUUUUUGCCCUCUGUAUCCUUCUUUCCUACGCAGCAGCAUAUUUCGGGCUUACAGGUCGCGAACCUUUGGUCUUUCUGCCUGGUCCAUUUUCCAACGAGCCCCCGAACGGAAAAUCGCACCUGAAGCAAUGCGAGCAGAUGACCUUGACGCGUCGGCAGAAGCGCCUGUGUCGGCGAGAACCGGGGCUGGCGGAGACUCUGAGGGAAUCUGUCCGCCUCAGCCUCCUGGAGUGCCGCUAUCAGUUCCGCAACGAGCGCUGGAAUUGUAGUAUGGAUGGCCGUGGAAGCCUUUUGAAACGAGGGUUUAAAGAGACGGCAUUUCUGCUCGCCGUGUCUUCAGCAGCGCUGUCUCACGCGCUGGCUAAAGCGUGCAGCUCAGGUCGGAUGGAGCGCUGCACCUGUGAUGACUCUCCGGGUCUGGAGCACCGCGAGGCCUGGCAGUGGGGUGUAUGCGGAGACAAUCUGAAAUACAGCACUAGGUUUCUCAAGAAGUUCCUGGGCCAAAAACGGGUCAGCAAGGACCUGCGCGCUCAGAUCGACGCUCACAACAUUAACGUCGGCAUCCGGGCAGUAAAGAGUGGACUCAAAACAACCUGUAAGUGUCACGGUGUCUCCGGUUCGUGUGCCGUGAGGACGUGCUGGAAGCAGCUCUCUCUGUUUCAUGACACAGGCCACCUGCUAAAGUACCGCUACGACACAGCCGUCCGUGUGCACAGCAUCACCAAUGCCGCCACGGGUGAGACUGAGCUGGCAGGGCCACGGCGUCACAGCAACAUGGGCCCUCGCCCGCGACCCACAGAGCUGGUGUUUCUGGAGGAGUCGCCCAGCUUCUGCAGGCCAUCGCGCUAUUCACCCGGCACGGCCGGCAGACCCUGUUCCAAGGACACCAGCUGCAGCAGCCUGUGCUGUGGGCGGGGCUACAACACAGCCCUGCGCCUCACCACCCUCUCCUGCCACUGCCAGGUCCGAUGGUGCUGCCAUGUAGAGUGUGAAACUUGUGUCAGAGAAGAAGAGGUCUACACGUGCAAGAAACACUGAGAGAUUGAGGCGAAAACGUGGAAGGGAGAGUCGCCGAAGAAUGCAUUACAUGUAAAUGUCAACAAGAAAAGCAAAAUGGUAAGAUGAACAUAAGAUCAAGAGGAAAGGUUUGGAUGAUGUCAUCCAGGUAAUGCCGAAAGGGAAUGGUAGGAAAACCUGGACACAGGGCUCUGAGCAAUUGUGAUAUGGUUGAAUAAAGUAAAAGCUGCUCUUCUGCUAUCAAGGAGACAAAGCUGCUUCCUUGUCACCAAACUGAGAGACUCAUGUUGUAAGAAGAGGUUUGAAUUUAGCUAAAGCACCCUUGAAUGUUGCUGAAUGUGAUGCUCAGUCAAAUAACGGACCAGUCGCCUUUGAACUGUUCAUCGUGAACGCAUACUUUAUGGCAAUGGACUAGAGAUCUGCAUUGAUCAGUAAUACUCAAACUAGUACUAUGGGAGUCUGCCCACUUAGUUGACUCCAAGUCAAACAGUUUUCUUCUACCUGCCUUUACUGCAUAUCUCUCUAUUGCUCUGAGAGUCCACAUACGUACUGUAUAGGGGUUCAAAAUUAUACUGAGAGUAUGAAGCACUUAUGCUUUUUUGUCAAUUUUAUGAUAGCCACUUAUUCGUAAGGAAGAAAGUACUUGUGUUUGUUAUAAUAUACAAAGUUAUUGUGCUUAACAUUUAAUAUUAAAUGAACUGGGGUAGGAGUGUUCUUGAUGAACUGGAAUUUUACUGGGACAAUCCACUUUUAUAGACUAUAAUGAAUGUUAGAACAAGUUAUAUAAUCAACCACGGUAUGCUUUUAUAUCUUGAAUGGCCAUUAAAUGGCUGAAACUAGUAAUAGAUAUAGGAAUGUAUUUAUUGCAAUUACACAAAACCGAUAAACUCUUGCACCCGACACAAUCCCAGACUGCAUUCUUUAAAUUAUAUUUUAAUUUUUUUAGUUUAUUCUGCCACAUCACUGCAAAAUACACUGUCAGAAUAAAUGGUCCAAAGCAGUCACUGUGGCAGUAUCCUUUAUAAACAGCCCAAUACCUGUAUGUUGAGGUGGUCCUUAUAAUGGGUCAAUUUGUUUCUUGAAAUGUUCAUCUCUCACCCCCCAAAUGUGUUAGGAUAUCAAUAAAAACACACUGUGCAAAACUUAAUUGUUCCUACAAUAUCUAGAGGUUGCUCAAAGCCUUUGAAUAUUUCAGAAAUCACAUAUUUUUGCAAAAACUGUACCGUUUAAAAACAGACAACACACAUAAAACUUGCUUCUUUGGAGGGUAACUUUGUUCCAGUUAUUUCAGUCUCUUCUGAUCCGAGUAACCAUAUAGCGGACUUGCUUCGUGUUCCUUCAGCCAUUGUCUUGCUUUGAAAGACAUAUUACAACUAAAACAGGAGUUUUAAUUGCAUGGAGCAUGGCCAAAUAAGUCCAUUGCUGCCAUAAGUAUAUAUUAUUAAACACAAAGUAUGCUAGCACAAAGUAUUACAUAAUACGCGAAUGUGUAAAACUUCAAAGGUCUUGUGCAACUUCUAAAUCUUAAUUAAUAUUGAAAAAAUUUUGCCCAAUUUUUUUAUUUAUUUAUUCAAACCUAUUGGUGGGGUGAGAGCAUGAACUAUGUAUAUACAUUUGCAGCAAUAUGCACCUAUGAGGUACUAAUAUUUGUGGUACCACACUGUAAAAAGAAAAUGCAACAUUAAGUUAAAACAACUUGGUUUUGCAAGUCAAUUCAACCUACUAUUUUAAGUUUUGACUAGUGAUAAGUUGACAUAACUUAUAAAAACAAGUUGAAAACUUAGUUUGUUAAGUUAAAAUAACAUAAAAAUAUAUGUUGAUUUGGUCAAAUAAUUUUUACAGUGCAGUAUGUAGCUCUUAUGUACUAAUACGAACCCUUGAGGUGCAAAGACGUACUUUUUGAAAGGGUACCGCCACAGUGAAAGCUAGGGACCAUUUUUUAUGACAGUUUCCUGAAAUAUGUUUGGAAGCAUUUAGAAUUGAAUAGAAGAAAGUGUGUUAUUGGAGUUGCCCAAAACUUAGGCGUAUUUUCAUUCAGCUGUGUAUAGUUUGUGAAAACAUCUGGCUAUCUGAGUGUGUAGUCUCUAUACUUCACAUUCCCACCAAGGGCAAUGAGAGUGAGUACAUCUCAUUCAGAACAAAGAAAACAUCUUUCCUAGUAAAUGAAGCUCUCUGCGUAAAGUCUCAUCAUAAGCCCUUUUAUGUGUGUGAAGCCUUUGAUAAAGUCCAUUCCAGACGUCGAUUUACCCCAUUACUAAUCAGAGCAAAUAACAGCACUUUUUCUGCCAAGAGUUUAAGGUUUUCAUGUGGGUUUCCUCCUAGUUACAUUUCUUUUGUGUUUCCACACCAAUUGACAGAUGAUGACACUAAGAAAAAUAGUAAGUUGGAGAGAAAACUAGUAAAUAUGGGUGCACUUGCUUUGUUAUGUAAAGAUGCUUUUCUUCAUUCCAAUACAAAGUAUUACUCGAAUACAUUUGCAGUUAACAUUAUACAACCCAGGCUUUUAACUAAAAUCUGAAUUGAAGGGAUGAGUGUGCGUACGUGUGCGUGUCUGUGUGAAUGUGUGUGUUUUGUUUCUGGGAAGGGAGAAAAUCGUUCACAUUAAUCAAAAGGACAAUUCAGUCCAAACCUUCAGUAACAUGUCAGUCAGCUGAAACAUUUGUUAUAAAAGACUGUCGCAAGAGGGUUUCGCUGUGACUCGUUGAAAUUCAUACAGCUUUCACCUGUAAUUGCUUUGGUUUCCAUGAACGAAACUUUGCUAAAUGAAGACGCUGAGUCACAACAUGCAAAUACCCGAAACCCCAAUGGUAGCCGUGGAAACCCAAAUGAGAUCCUUUUUUUAGUUUUGAGAGUAUGUGUACAUGUGAUCAUAUUAUGCAUAUGUAUGUUUCUCUGCUGCGGAUGCUGAAAUUAUGACAUUUAUAGCACAGCUUUAUAUCAGGAUGCCUGUUAGCCUGAGGGUUGUAAAGGUCUCGGUGUGUUUGUUUGUUUGUUUGUUUGUGUUGUCAUAGCUUUAACAGUGUAAAAUUUCACUUUGUGAUUACAACAUUUCACGCCGGGAUUUUUUUUUACUACCUCACCCGG